CCGGCCACCGGUUGCAGCCUGUGCCCGGAAGCGAGAGCGGUGGCGGUUCUGCUGGGCCUUGCCGGCCCCGUGUUUCCCGAGGCGGUCGCGGCCACCAUGAAGCGAAGGGGCGGCUGGGACGGCCGCUGCCUGGACGGCACGGAGUGAGCCGGAGGCCGAGAGGUGAGCCGCCGCCGCCCAUCCGAGUCAGCCCUUCCCGGUCCCUUCGGAGGCGCCCGCGGGGUUGGCCGCUCCGCUCUGGCCCCGUCAGGCCCCUUUUCCCUGCGUUGCGGCGGGCGGAGGCGGAGGCGGGAGAAGCCCAUGGAAGGGAACCGCGACGAGGCGGAGAAAUGCAUCGGCAUCGCCCGGGAGGCCCUGGAGGCCGGCGACAGGGAGCGGGCGCUGCGCUUCCUCCACAAGGCCCAGAAGCUCUACCCGACCGAGACCGCCAAAGUGUUGUUGGAAGCAAUCAUAAAGAAUGGGAGUGCAGCUGGGGGCGGCGCUUACUGUCGCAAGCCAGCGAGUGGCAACGAUCAGAGUAAACCCAAUGGCAUGAAGGACAGUAGUGCAUCCGCUGCGGGUGAAAUUGGGAAGACUUACACCAAAGAUCAAGUGGAAGGCGUGCAGAGUAUAAAGAAAUGUAAAAAUUACUAUGAAGUCCUUGGAGUGUCCAAAGAUGCUUGUGAAGAAGACUUGAAGAAAUCUUAUCGAAAGCUUGCUCUGAAGUUUCAUCCUGAUAAAAAUCAUGCCCCAGGAGCAACAGAAGCUUUUAAAAAGAUUGGAAACGCAUAUGCUGUGUUAAGUAAUCCAGAAAAACGGAAACAGUAUGAACUCACAGGUAGUGAAGAGCCCUGCAGUCAUCCCAGCAAUGGUAGAUUUAAUUUCCACAGGGGUUGUGAAGCAGACAUUACUCCAGAGGACCUAUUCAACAUGUUUUUUGGAGGAGCAUUUCCAACAGGUAACGUGCAUUCAUUUUCUAACGGGCGGUCUGGCUACAGUCAUCAGAAUCAGCAUCGUCAUAGCGGACAUGAGAGAGAGGAAGAGAGGGGUGAUGGCGGCUUCUCUAUGUUUAUUCAGCUGAUGCCAAUCAUUGUGUUGAUUCUCGUCUCUUUGUUGAGCCAGCUGAUGGUGUCUAACCCUCCAUAUUCCUUAUACCCAAGAUCGAGUUCGGGUCAGACCAUUCAGAUGCAGACAGAAAAUCUGGGUGUCGCUUAUUAUGUCAACAAGGACUUUAAAAGUGAAUACAAAGGAGCAUCGCUACAAAAAGUGGAAAAGGGUGUGGAAGAGGACUACGUGUCCAAUAUUCGAAAUAACUGUUGGAAAGAGAGGCAACAAAAAACAGAUUUAUUAUAUGCGGCAAAAGUGUACCGGGAUGAACGUCUUCGGAGGAAAGCAGAAGCCAUUUCCAUGGACAACUGCAAAGAGCUGGAACGAUUGACCAGUAUCUAUCGAGGAGGAUGAGCAACAAUUUUUGCCUGUCCUGCUUGAAGUACCUGCUUCCUCUAUGUAUAAAAACAAAUCUGUACACUGAGAAAAUACUAUUCAGUCAUAAAAUCUGAAAAGAGAGGGGGAUGUAAAACUCUACUGUGUAGCUGUUUCCAAAAACCGUAUGCUGAAAUACUGGUAUCAUUAAUAGCCUCUUUACUUAGUCUAAAAUGUAGGACAUGGUUUGUUUACAUCACUGAAUUGUCAUUUUAAGUUUUACUCCCCAAGCUUCUGUGAACUUUUUCUGCAGGGAAGAAGCCAUUCAGAUGGGCUGCUACCCUUGUAGAGAUGUAGACGUAGCAAUUCUCCUUCUGAAAUACUUGCCAUGUAAAUACUUGUGGGGGGAAUGGAACCUUUUGUGUACAUAAAAAUGUUUAAAGAAAUCUCAAAGGCAUUCAGAUGCAUUAAACCUUUUAAUCUCAUGGGUGGAAUGAAUACUAUGACUACAUCGUUCCGUAUUUAGAUGUCAUCUGUGUGGAAUGGAAAGGAAAAAGUAACAGUUUUAUCACUUCCACAUAAAAGCUUGAGGGAACUUGGUAUUUUUCAAAAAAAUGACUUGGCUAGGUAGAUUCCUGAUAAAGUAUGUUUGGAUAAAGAAGUCUGGCACCAGAGGAUCAGCGUUCCUAUUAUGGCAUUAAUAUAUUAUAUCAAAGCAGUGAGGAAAAUUGACAACUGUACCAGUCCUAACAAAUUAAACAUUGGCUCUAAAUGAAUUAUGUUGUAUACAUAAUGCAUUUAAUACUUGGGAUAUUUCCUAGCAUUCUGUUGUUUUGGUACUUCAGAAGAGUACCCAAAGUAAUUAAGCAACUGAAGCUGCUGUAGAGUCCUGGAUUCAUUUAAUGUGAUUCAGCGUCUCGCACACAUCCUUUAAAAAUUGAAGGACGAGUGUGAAACUUACAGAAUUGUGCUCAGUAUAUAUUUAAAGAAUAUUUCUGUUUUACUGGCUAAGCAGAGUGUUGGUUAUUUUGAGAGAGGAGCAAUUGUGUUAACUUUCAAUGCUGCUGCCUGUGCAGGUGGAUCAGGGAAACCCUCCUGAAGGUUAAGUCUUGUGCCUUUGAAUUUUUUUGCUGACUGGUUGGUCAGUGAAUUGCAGCUGUGAACUACGGUUGGAAUGGUGCAAUACUGUCUAGGAGGGACAAGAGUUAAGAGGCUGGAGAUCUCCUGUUCCAGGCCAGAUGCAUGAGAGGUAGAUUUUGGAAAGAAGAACAUUGGAACAGAAGGGAUCUUAUUUUAGGGGACCAUACAUAAAAAUGCAUAUGGGCACUUUUGAGGAUCGAAAUUUAAUAGGGAGUUCUGAGAAAUGGUAUGCUUGGUUCCUGGGAAGUGUUUGGUUUGACUUCAGUAGAUCUGUGAUAGAUAUUUAAUAUUUAAUAAUAACAUGGGAAAGGGUGCUAUCCCAUAUGCUUUGCAGUAUACAAUAAUAUCAGUCUCCCAGGGGGUAAAUCAUGUCAUCCCAUUGAAUGCCACUUUCAAGUAUAAUAGGAUGCCUCACCUGAUCUUUUCAGCAAAGCAACUUACUGUGGUAAAAGGUAUGGAAUUUGGUUUUACAAAUAGUGUAAUCCUCUGCAGAGUUACUCCAGUCUAAGGCCAUUGAAAUCACUGGGCUUGGACUGGUGUAACUGCAUAGGAUUGCAUAGUAAAAGUUUCUGUAGUGACUUUGUGAUCCAUUAUCCUUGAUUCAAAAAUCCACAGUGCAGAAUUUUGAUGCCUCUGAAACACAAUGCCCUGCAACUGCUUAAAGAGUCUUUCCCUAGCUGACCAUAGGAAAACCUUCUCUGUGCUUGAGAAUCUGGUUCUCUGGGUAUGGCUGUUUCGUGUGCAACUUUUCACUUAAUUUUUGUGUAACCUGUACUUAGCGGUUGUGUGAUGCAUGUGAAAAGGAAUCAUGAAACUGAUAGGCUUGUGAGUCAUGCAACUGGCACCAGUUGGAGGAGGCUGUUCUAUAUCUUUUCAGAUCAGAUCCAAAUCACGUUUCUAGGAUAAGCUCCAACUUGAGAGAAUCUAGUAAUUUCUGUGCUUAAAUCCCAUGCCAAUACAGUCAAAAGAACGGUCAGUUAGCAGUUUUUGAGUAUUGUGUGAGGUCCUUCCUAAUAGGCUGUUUCCAUUAUUAUUUUAAGCAGUAACUUAUUUAAGUACUGUUUACGGUAUAAAAUCUAAUGAAUACAUAAACCCUGUGAGUAUAGGUUAUUUUGAAGGUUAUCCAAUCUGCUGAUAUUGGAGAAUUAACUUUAUGUGCAUUCUAGUACAUUAAAAUUACAGGCAGAAUCACAGCUUUACAUUUUUCCUAAAUUUCCUAUAGGAGCAAAAUAAUUUAGACAAAUCUUUACAGCAGACAAAACAGAUGUGAAGAUGAGACAGUUAUUGACUUCAUAUGCUCGUAGUGACAUUAUGGUUCUGGUAUUUAAUAAUUUUGACUGCAUCUGAAAUAUGCUAAAUUGGGUAUCUAACAUUUGAUAAAUAAUCCUGAAUGUUUGCUCUUGGAAUUGAAUUCCACAUUCCCUAAUAAGUAUGCUUAGGAUGGCAGCUUUAAAUACAUUGUCACUUUCAGCCUCCUCUACGUUACCUUGUUUGCCAGGAUUCCGUGGUAGCUGAUGUUUCCUUGAAUCUGGGACUCUAUUCCAUUUUCUUCAGUGAAGGAAGCACGUAACAUUUACUUUCUGAAGACAAAAGGGCUGCCUUAGAUGGAGUUUCCUGAGUGAGCAAAAUGCUAUUUCAAGAAUCAUUAAGCAAAUGUUGAGAAAUCCAGUGGUGAUCCACAGUUUAAAAACACUUAUAUGGACCUUAGUUGUUGUUCCUUGGAGGAUGAACCUUCCCACUGAUUCUGAUGUCCCCCUGCCAUGUGUAGCUAUACUGAAGUUGUGGGCAGUUCCAGGCAUGCUCUCAAUUUGCACAGAGCUAUGGCAGCAAAUAGCAGCCCUAGCAGGCAUUGAAAAUCCACCCUCGAUGGUGGAUCAUCCCAGCAUUCGGAAGGAAGUGCCCUUUUGAAUUCUGUGAUUUCACCCAUAUUUAAAUGAACAUUGUUUAAAAGGUGCUUCUGUGGGUGUCAGAAAAUACUCUCAGCUUAUUUGUAUCUCCUGUGGGCGUCCUCGUUAUUGUCAGUUUCUUAGGUUCCUUGGUAGUGAAUCCCAGGUUUGGUCUCAGGGAAUUUGAGGUAGUUAGGAAAUGGCAACCUGGAAGAGAAAACCGAUAUCUCGAGAUAAUCUUAUGUGAUGUUUUCUUUUCUGAUUUAUACAAUAUCAGUCUUCUAGAACCUCAACUAUGUCACUUCUUGGUUUGAAAAAAAAAUUCAAUCUGUGUGGACCAAGCCUUAUUUAUGGAGUGAAACUCAUUCUGAGGGAGAAGAUAUGUUUGCUUCCAAAAUCAAGCUGUCCUCCUUGCCUGCAUCCCCAUCCCACAAACCCAAGCAGUGUCGGCAUUCCCUGAUAAGCUGGACUAUAUACAAUCUUAGAAGCACCAACGUGGUGUUUGUCAAGGCAUCGUUUUUUGGAACUUCCCUGUAUAUCAGUUGUAAGGGAAGAAGUAUGAUGGCAAAGUGCUAGGUCAUGCUACAUUACCCUGGGAGCAUUAUGGAUUAUAAUUCACUGAGCCAUCAGAGGGCAUGACCUGGAUUCAGAAGCAAAAAUGUGCUGCGUUCCUUGGCGUAAGCAUUAGUUAAGCUUUUACUUGUCAACAGGCAGAGGAAGAGUGUAAUUACUGCAGUUCUUUUAUAUAGUGUUGGAAGGAAACACGGGCUCUCUGCUUAUUAUUAGGGUUCCCAUGCAAGCCACACUGAAAUGAACAAAGAUUUUUCCAUUAAAAUCACUCGUGAAUUAAGGUUCUUGUGUUUAAGCUAUAUGUGGCCCAUUUGUUUAACCUAUGAAUACUUUUUCUUGAUUUGCAAGACAGUUAAGUAUUUCAACACCACUGGAUUGGAUACAGGCUUGUGGGUUUUUUAAAAAAAUCUUCUUUUCAAGCAUAUUAAAUAGAACCAUAUACCUUAUAUUAAGGAUUAUUUUGAAACUGCAGACUUGGUUUAUUUUGUAAAGCUUGUUGAUGUGUUUUGUCCUUUGUUUAUUCUCACUUUACACCCAUCUGUCAGUUUGAGGAUUGAUCAGUUUGUAAAUUGAUUGCAUGCACGUCUGUAUGCAUAGAUGUAUAUAUUUCUUUUACAGCUCCGUACCUCAAAAGUUGUGGUUGUGUAAUAUAUUACCCCAGUAUGUUUGCACAGAAUACCAUUAACAAUGGAGUUUUUCAUGUUACAUGGAAGGAGCAUUUGGGGGUUACAUUUCCCCACUCCAUUCCCUAUUCCAUUGUGGCCUAGUACAGUCAAAAUGCUCAACUAUGGUUAGCAUUAACUACUGUCUAGUUAAGAUCACAGGCAAGUAAAACCAUGAUACAACAUACCAUGCUUAGCUCUGUCCAAUUAGGGUGUGUGUCUAAGGCAGAUACCAACAACACCUGUAGGUCACCUUGCAAAUGGAAAGGAGGGAAACCGCUAUGACAGUGGUUUGAGUGGGUAGUUUCAUAAACCAAUGACCAAGUAAGGUUUUGCAUCCUGCUUUGCAGCUAGCCCUUGACCAUGGUUUUGUUCAGAUGUAAUAUUCAACCAUGGCUGAGGGAAUACAGAGAGCCUAUGUAGGAAAAUUCAGGUUUUUAAUAGGGUCAGACCUUUCCAAAAAAUCCCACGCACAUCCGAUUUUGCCAAGAACAUUCCUCCACUGUGAAAUAUGUUUGAAAAUGUUUUACAAACCAACUGACACUCCCUAAUUGGUUGCUGCCCUUGGUAUUUUUUUUUCUGAUAUGAAUCUGUGAUUUGACAUUGGGGUUUUAUAAACAGGUCAAGAGCCUACAAUCUUAACUUGGAUGUCAGCUCUGUGGACAUCAGUCAGAGUUUAUUUUUAAAUCCAACGUGUCUCAGAUGAGCUGCCAGACUUGCAUCCCCUUGCCGGCUUUAAAAGUUGGAAGGGGCUUCAGUGUUAGUUUUUGAAGGGCUUGUGGGAUGAGAGUUCUGCUGUGUGCAAGUCAUGCUGACGAAGCCUAUAGUGGAAGCCUUGCAAAGGAAAGUGCAGUGAAACUUAAGGCAGCAUCUUAAUGAAGAUCUUAUUUUAUUUAACUAAAGAUUUAACGGUUAAGUUUAAAAAAGAAAUCUUAUUUGUAAUGUACCUAAUGUAAUAUCAGACUUAUAUCAAAAUAAACUUAUUUUCUGUGUGAAUUCAA